AUGGAAGAACAAUUUAGGAAUCUGGAAAGGAGAUUGGAGGAACAAAACUCCAAACGCGAAGAUCAGAACAAAAGAAUGGAUGAAAAGUUCGAUGAGUUGAUGAAGUUCAUGCAAGCUUCCAAGGAUUCUGGAAAUAGUAAUGAAGAUACCUCCACCAACAGUCACAGAUCUAAUUCAACCAGAUCACUAGGUAUGAAUCCUAAGCUGAAUUUCCCUAAAUUCGAUGGCACUAAUCCUAGAAAUUGGGUUAAGAAAUGCUGCAAAUACUUUUCCUUAUGCAAAAUUCCUGAUGAGCAGGAAGUGGAUUUGGCUUCAUUGAAUGUGAUUGAUAAGGCUGAGGGAUGGAUGAUGAACUAUUUAUCUGUUAUGAAAAGCAUGAUAGUUGACUGGAAUGAUUUUGUAGCUGAUCUGUAUGCUAGGUUUAGAGAUGAUUCUGCGCAUAAUGUGGUAGAAAAUUUUAACAAAUUACAGCAGAAUGGUUCAUUAGAAGAGUAUAUUAAUGAAUUUGAGAAUUUGAGGUCCAUUAUGAUGAUGAACAACCAUAUUCUGCCUGAUGCUUACAUGCUUGAGAGUUUUAUUGGUGGACUCAAACCCACAGUCAAACCCUUUGUGAAGGCCCUUAGACCUUGUUCAAUUGCUGAUGCUAUAGACAUAGCUAGAUUACAGAAGGAGAACCUGACAGCCAUGGGUCACAAAACUACCUACAAACAUCCUUAUUAUAACCCUAAACCUUUACAAUCUGAGAAAAUUGCAAAAGGGUUGUGCUAUUACUGUGAUGCUCCUUAUGAUAGGAAUCACAAGUGCCAAUUCAAAGAGCCACAACUAUUCACUGUUGAGAUUGUUGGAGAUCAAGUUGAGGAGGUUAGUGAGGGUGAGGAUGGAGAUAUGGGAGAGACAGACAUAACUGAACCAUUAAUUUCCAUGAGUGCACUCUCUGGAAGUCAAGGGUUUAGCACUAUGAGGGUUAGGGGUGUGGUACAGGGCAAACCAAUUCAGAUAUUGGUUGAUUCUGGUAGCACACAUAACUUUGUGGAUCUUAGUAUAGCUCAGAAAUUGGGUUGCAAAGUGGAAACUAUCCCACCUCAAGCAAUUACAGUAGCUGAUGGGAACCAUCUAGCUUGCCAACACAUCUGCAAGGGAUUCACAUGGACUAUGCAGGGCAUCAGUUUUGAAGCAGAUGUUUUACUGAUUCCUUUAGGUAGUUGUGAUAUGGUGUUGGGAGUACAAUGGCUUAGCUUAUUGGGGCCUAUCUCUUGGGAUUUCAUGCAACUUCACAUGGAGUUUUACUUUAAUGGCAAAACUGUUCUCCUCAAGGGCAUUCCAAGCAAAAAGCUGAAAGUUAUUGAAGGAGAGACAUCUUCCAAGGUAUUCUCCACAGCUGUCCAGUUGUGCCUAAUUCAAGUACAAGAUCAGUCUAGUGGUGGUCCAGUAGCUUCCAAUCCACAAUCUCUGGUUGCUGAAGAAUUAAAAGAAUUACAGCUUACUUAUCACAUGGUGUUUGAGGAUCCUGUGGAAUUGCCUCCUUUAAGGGGAGUGUUUGAUCACCCAAUUCCCUUGUUACCGGAUUCCACACCUGUAAACAUAAGACCCUAUAGAUAUCCUUUGAAACAAAGAGAUAUCAUUGAGCAACUAGUGCAAGAAAUGCUGGACAGGGGCAUAAUUCAAACUAGUGCCUCUCCCUUUGCUUCUCCUGUAGUUUUAGUUGUGAAGAAAGAUGGCACUUGGAGAUUGUGUGUAGACUACAGGGAGUUGAACAACAGAACUGUCAAAAACAAGUUCCCCAUUCCAGUCAUUGAUGAGCUGUUGGAUGAACUUUCUGGUACUGCUGUGUUUUCUAAGUUAGAUCUUAGGUCUGGUUAUCAUCAGAUGAGAGUUCACCCACCUGAUGUAUACAAAACAGCUUUUAAAACACACACUGGCCAUUAUCAAUUCUUAGUUAUGCCAUUUGGCUUGACUAAUGCACCUGCUAGUUUUCAGAACUGGAUGAAUCAAGUUUUUAAACCUCUCCUAAGGAAAUGUGUGUUAGUCUUCUUUGAUGACAUAUUGGUGUAUAGAAAAACUCUUGAGGAGCAUUGGACUCACUUAGCCUUAGUGUUUUAG